AUGGGACUUGUAAUAAUGCUAUACCUUGACGUCUCAACAUUACAUGUGCUACUAUUGUUGUUUAUCAUUUUGUUGUUGUUUAUUGUUUACAGGUUUGGUGUUGGUUCUGAUGUUAGUGUCAUUAGUGAUGUGAUAUGCACUGGGUCAGAGUAUCACUUAUUGCAGUGUCAGCAUUCUUUAACGACCUGUCAGCCACAUCAGGUGGUGGGGCUCGUCUGCUCUCGUUUUGUCCUACCGUACUCUGGAUCUGUUCGAUUGUACAACUCUCACUCGAGCAAUAGUGCUGAGUCAUCAUCUAGCGGCCAGUUACAGUUAUACAUGAACGGUAGCUGGAGGCCGGUCAGUGGGUGUGGCUUCAAUGAAAGAGCAGCUGAUACUGCUUGUAGGCAGAUUGGAUACACAUCAUACGAAAGCUUCAACAAAAUUCCUUUAUCCACUGGUUCAAAGUCUUGGAACAUCUCAUCUUCUUGUGAUGGUCAUGAUGUUUGUUUGACUGGCUGCAGCAACAUCACUAAUGACACAGAACACUGUGACACUCAUAACAGUGUUAAUUUGAGUUGCGUGUUUAAUUCCAGUCUUGCUGGUGCAGUGUAUACUGGUAACCAGUCAUCAUGUGGUCUAGUAACUGACUAUACAGGAUCAGUUAGGAUACAAUCUAACAAUGAUAAUGAUAACAAUGGGCUUGAAGGAAUUCCUCAGGUGUAUGUCAAUGGCAGUUGGUAUGGUUUGUGUUCUCAUGAGUCAUUCAACCUCACUACUGCUGAUGUGCUCUGCAAGAAACUCUCAUACAAUAUGGCAGUUAAGACUGAUGUUAUCACCAGAAACAGUGCCCCUGGGUUGAUCCUAUCCUGUACUGGACUGGAGUAUUCAGUUUCACAGUGUCCAGUACUCCAUGAAGUUCA